UCUAAGGAAAAAAAAGAGAUGGAGAAUCAAGUCCAGAAGAGCCUAACUCCUCCCUCUGUCUCUUGUCUUCCAACUUCUGUCUGCCCACCAUGUCUGGGUUGUGGGCCUUGGUUCCCUUUAACAGCCUUCAGUGUCAAACCGCCUGGACACUGCAGAGCGUUCACUUCUGUCUUUGUAGUUAAUAUAUUAUUCAAAGGAACUAGUCCGUCAGCCUUAGGGACUGUUGUGAGCAGCCUGUGAGACCAUGGAUAGCAAAGUCCUGUGGGAACUUUUAGGCAAAUCUAUUGAACUCAGUUAUGAGGCCUGAUCUGCCCACAGUGUGGUAAGCUAGCCCCUCUCACCUGUGCCCCCUGAGCUGCAGUUCUUUCCAUGAGCCCUGUCUUUUCCCCAUCUCUCUCCCUUGCAUCAGUUCCUGCCCUCUGCUAGCCCUGGCCAUGGCCUGGCCAAUCAGUUGACCUCCUAGAAUAAGAAAGGCCUAGUAGGCUCUGACUCUGCUUCUGAGGGUCCUUCACUGCCUGCCAUGGCAAUCCACUCCAGUACUAUUGCCUGGAAAAUCCCAUGGACAGAGGAGCCUGGCAGGCUACAGGCCAAGGGGUCGCAAAGAGUCGGACACGACUGAGCGACUUCACUCACUGCCUGCCACAUUCAUUUUGGACUUUCAGAAGGUGUGAUUUUCCUGGACUUCCUCUGUUCCCCACUGACUGACCCCAGAGCCACAGCCUCUCUUGCUUUCUUUAGUUUAAAACUAAAGGGGAGGAGGGAAUUGAUCCUUCUGACUGGAGGAAGCACCCACCCACCUCAGCCAGCCCUCCCUUCCUCCAAAGGGGCCCCAGCUCACCUUCUGGCCCUCCCAUCUUGUCUAUAAUUUUAAUUGCCACUUUUCUUUGGUGUUUUUUGGAAACUGCUUCUUUGACUUUUGAGUAGGUCCCUUCCCCAAUGGUCUUGCCCAGCUGGUACCCAUUGGAGAGCAGAAAGUCCUCCAUGCUGUCUAGCACCUCCUUCCUUCCUAUCACCCUCUCAGCUCAUGCUGCCUCUGCGAGGCAGCGCUACUCCACCAUCGCCCUCGGCCCGCUUCUUUUCCCCCCAAGGACUUCAUCCGCAGCCGCCCCCAGCGCUACAACAUUCUCCGUCCGGACACAGGAGCCGCGGAUGGUGGGGAGGGAGAGGGUCAGACAUUUUAAAACUCUGGCCCAAUUGUGAUGUAAAUGCUGUGUGACCCUGGGCCAAAAUGGGCAAUGCCCCUAUCUGCCCUCACCACCACCACCACUACCACCGCAAAACCCAGCAUGGGUUAAGUCACCUCCGUGCCCCGCCCCCGCGCCAGGCAGUGGGUCGCAGCCCCGCCUGUAGGGGUUGCUGCGAUGUCUGCGCUCGGCCUGGGAUGCCAGGCUCUGUUCCGUGGACGCCCCCAUCGGGCAGCAGGGGGUCUGCGCGACCCAUGGCCAGAGCCCUCCAGCUCCCGGCUCGCCGCCGCGCUAAGUGCCCGGGCGGCGCGGGGUUCCCCGGCUGGAGGAACGGGUUCUGUGAGGUCAGCGCGCCGCAGCCCGGGUCACAAUGCAGCCCUUCCCCUCGACGCCUGGGCCGGGACGCGCCGCAGACACCUGCCCGGCUCCGCCUGGACCGGAGCGUCCUCCCGCGGCCAGGGCUCGGGCAGCUGCUUCCAGCCUGGGACCGGCCUCGGCCUCCGGCAGAGCGCCCCGGGGCCUGGACAUGAGUGCCCAGGAGCCCCCGCAGGGUCGGAGAUUCCCCAUUGAGGCCGGAGACUCCCCUGGCCUUGCCGCCGCCCCCGAGUCCCAGGACAGCCCGGAGCCGGUAGCUACGGAGCACAACCCGGUCAGGCCGCUUCGACGCUGCCCCGGCUGCCACUGCCUGACGCUGCUGCACGUGCCCAUCGACGUCUACCUGGCCAUGGGCGGGAGCCCCCGGGCCCGCGCCACCUGAGCGCGCCUGCGCACGGCGGCUCCGCGGGAGCCGGGCGGGGACGGGGCCCGCCGCGGGCCACCACGCUGAGGUCGCGCGCGCGCCGAGCACGAGACAAUGAUGCACAUUUUAAAAUAAAAGAAUGAUGCACAUUUUAAUAAAUCACAGCAUAAACUGUUCUUUCCA